GCGGCGCUCCCGGCCCUGCCGGAGCCCGCGCUCGGCGCGCUCCUGCUGGGCGCCCUCGCAUUGGCCGGCGCAGCCCCGGCGCGGCGCGGGAGGGGGCCCCGGGGCCAGGAGUACGGGGCGCUCCGGGACCCCGAGAUGCAGAAGGUGGCCAUGGAGUUCUCCACGGGCGGCACGGUGCUGGUGCGGGCGCCCAUGGGCGGCGGCUCCGGCGAGCUCGCCGUCACCGCGCACCCGGCGGGCCCAGCGCGCGGCGGCCAGGUGGAGCUGGGCGGCCAGCGCGAGGAGUGGCGGGUGCUGCGGUUUCGCCCCGGCGAGGCCCAGGCCGACAGCUACAUCCAGUCCAUCGCGCGGGUCUCCGUCGGCCCGGGGCCGAGCGCGAGGCAGAUCGGCAGCUGCCUGCCGCUGGUGUACGCCAGGUCCAUGGUGGCAGUGUCCCUGGCCGCGCUCGCCGUCAUUGGUGCCCCCCUGCUCACGCCAGGGAGGCCCCUGAGGGUCCUGUGCAUCGGCCUCGGAGGCGGCGCCCUGGCCUCCUUCCUCGCGCAGGCCGUGCCGCACUGCAGGGUCGACGCCGUGGAGCUCAGCCCCGAGGUGCUGGCGGCGGCGCGGGAGGGGAUGGGGUUCGCCGAGGGUCCGCGCCUCCGGGCCAUCCUGGGUGACGGCGCGGCCGUCGCCAGGGGAGCCGCCGAGGGCGCAGAGGAGGAUGCAGGUGCGUACGAUGCUGUCCUGAUCGACGCCGCCGACGAGAGGGGCCGGGUGCCCGAUGUGUUCCUGGCACCAGACGGCGACUUUGCCAGCCGCGCUCUCGGGGGGCCUGCUGGCGCGGAGGGCCGGCCUGGUGGCCGUCAACCUGCAGCCCGAGGACGACGCGGGGCGCGCGCUGGGCUCCUGGGCGCGCGCGCUGGCGGAGAGGGGCGCAGGGACGGGCUUCUGCAUCCGGGAGCCCAGCCUCACUCUGGACGGCUUCGAGGCGCCGGGAACCGGCAACAUCGUUGCCGUGCAGCUGUGCGGCGAGCGGGCCGCGGUGCCGAAGGGAGAGCUGCCCGCCAGGCUGGCCGCGGCCGCUGCGGAGGUCCAGGCCGCCACCUCGAGCCCGUACGACCUGGCGGAGCUCGCGGUCAACGAGCUGGAGUGACGCCGCCGCGGGGCGGCCGUCGCUGCGGCGGGCGCGCCGCUGGGGCUGCUGCGGUUGGUGAGCUGCUCGCCGGGCAGGCCGCGGCCGGCACCCGCGGAGGUGCGCGGGUGCCGUCGCCCGUCGAGCCCGUGCGGCCCGGCGGUGCCCUGGCGGUCAGCGAGUGGCGGAUGGCAGGCGUCAGCCGCUGCGGCGUGGGGCUUUGGUGCGUGCGCGCCCCAGGCAUGUCGGCGCGGCUGGACAGUGAUUAUUCAUCGUCCACAUUCGUUCCACAAUGCAAGUGA